AUGUGCGAGACAAAGAAUUUCUACUUAUGGGUUCUACAAUUCUUCGGCCUCCUGGGUCUCCUAGCCCUCGUUCUAUGGUUGGCCUUACGUCCAGAAUCCCCUGAGUAUACCAUUGUGGAUGUCACCAUCCCAAAGUCCGAUAUAGACAAUGGGGGUCAAAAUGGCUCUAUCUUAUACGUCCUUGAAAUUAAAAAUUCCAACAAAGACUCUAGUAUUUACUAUGAUGACACCAUUUUGAGAUUCUAUUAUGGGUCAGAUACGGUUGGGGAGAAAACCAUACCUUCUUUUCAUCAAGGAAGAGGUAAAACCCGUGAAGUGACUGAUUCUGUGGAUGUCAACCCACGAGUUUGGAAAGCUAUUCGCAAUUCCAUAUCCAAUGCAACUGCAGAACUGAAGGUGGCCGUACUAACUCGGAUUCGAUAUAGAACAUGGGGAGUGAAGAGUAAGCAUCAUGGAUUACACUUGCAAGGUAAAUUAUUGGUUGGUUCAGAUGGUAAGAUUUUUGGUAAGAAGAAGAAAAUUAAGCUACGUCGUGCUUCCAAGAAAUGGAGGAGUACUAGACAACGAUUGUUAUGCUAG